AUGGGAGAGGCGAGCAGGACGCGGGCGACGACGAGGCGCGGGAGCGGGCGGAUGGGGCGCAGGGGAGGUGACCGUGCUGCAGAGGGCCACCCGCCGCCCCUGGGGAGGGGCGGGCGACCCAUGCCCGAGGAGUGGCGGGACCCUGCGCUCGUGGCGGCCGCGGCCGCGGAGGCAGAGGAGGCGGGAACAUCGGGCCGCGCUUCUGCGUCGGAGCAGUGGCUCGCCGUGGCGGAUGCCUUCAAGCUCCUGGAGCGUGUCCUCAUAGGGAUUCUCGUUCUGGGCGCUCUGGUCUCUGUGGCGAUCAUCGUUUUCAACCUGUCAGAUCCUUCGGCGGUGGUCCCAGAGUACACGCUGAGAAACAAGUAG